AUGAGUACCACUCAGAAAACCAAGAAGGAUGCCAAUGGAUCUACUCAAAAGGUGAAGCAAUAUGUUUGCACAAUUUGCUCCCGUGCUUUUGCACGUUUGGAACAUCUGAAGAGACAUAUUCGUUCUCAUACCAAUGAAAAGCCUUUUGUUUGUCAGGAAAUUGAUGGUUUGUCCAUUGGUUGUGGCCGUCUGUUUUCUAGACGUGAUUUACUUCUUCGACAUCAACAAAAAAUCCAUAAAAAUCCUCAACCAAGAAGACGAAGACGUUCGACUAACUCUAUUCCCAAUAUGACAGUUGCUGAUGCUCAGUCUUUUAUCUCAAAUAUGAACGCUCCCAACAAACGCACGCUACCUCAGCCUUCCACUACUACCGAUUCCGUCAGAUUCUCUAAUUUACAACCUUCGAAUCAACCUUCGGUUCCUUCUCCUUCUGCAUCUUCCCUGUACUCCAAUACUGGUUGGCUUGAAUCACAAAAGCAACGUUUAGUAUCUGCUGUUAAUGUUGGUGAUGCUGUAGCUUCUAGUUUACCUUCAAGUUCGUUUCCUUCAUCCGAAGGUUACCCCGUAUCAGAUUCCUCUUUCGGUUUGCCAGACAAUUCUUUGUUUUUUCGACGUGCAACUAUUGCCCAAGAGCUAUUUCCACCCGCCCAUUACCAACCAGCGUCUGGUUUGUACGAUCAGAAAGGGCCGCCUGGUUGUAAUUUUCCAUCUUUUGAGGAUGACCCCUCUUUAUUACCAUAUCCCUCAUUUUCCAAGAACGCUAGUUCAAGUACUUAUUGGAAUAAACUGACUGUUCCUGAAACUAUUCCUGAGGGUCAUGAAGUGGAUAAAUCCGAUUGGGGACAUUUUUCUGAUCCGUUGUCCGUUCCAGUGUCUCAGGGUCUGAAUUCAAAUGACAUUUUUGCAUUUUUCCAGCCAUCACCUCAUCCAUCACCUAAAGAAGCCAGCAACACGAAUACCCCUAAUAAUUAUCUGGUAGAGCCAUCUAAUAACUCUAAUACAAGCUCAGUUGAUUACGUUCGGCCAGAUAAUAUUGAGAAUUCUGCCACUAAUGCUGUGUCACCAAUGGGAAGUGUUUUCUCUCCUAGCUACUAUAGUCCUGAUUCUAUGUUGCAAUCUUCUAUGGCGGUCAGUCCAACAACUACCAUGCCUCCGAACAUGCGAAUGGCAUCAUUUGGAAGUGUGGAUGCAAACUUGGCUUCAGAUGUGUAUGGCACAGAUGCGUUUCCGCCAAGAGGGUUUGUAGACAUGAAUGGAAUGAAAGGUUUUGAGAACCCAGAAAGAUUGGCAUCGACUCCAAGCAGGAAUUCAAACACUUACCUUGGUCCGGUUGGUGAGGACUAUACUGAUAUAAUUAACGGUGGAUUAGCCCAAGAAAUGCUGUACGCGGAAAAUAAUGAGUAUCCACAGGACAGAUAUAAUCCUAAUAUGGCAAAUAAUUGUGAAACUUACAGCCCUCACCCUCCUUUUCACCGUAAUAGUGCUUCUAAUUGGUCUUCUGGUAUGGAUUAUAUCUCCUCCAGCAUACCGAAUUUUAGUACAGGUUUGGAACAGCCACCUGAACAUGCUACGUUUUAUUGA